ACGCCUUUGAUUCCUCUUUCUCGGUAGAAAGGAAAGCGUUAACCUACCCUCGCUUACUCGGACAUGCAUGAGGGCCUGGGAAACUGCAGUAUGGUCGAAGUGGACAAUCCUGGAGCCAUAACAGACAGAAUGAAUGCUUCUUGCCCUUGUCAACUGCGUCACUGACACGGAGAUGCCAUGAGGAAGAUAAUGAAACCAAUGUCUUCGCAAAUUGGCAUGCAUCGGUCAUGGAAACGGUUCUUUGCUGUGUCAGAGAUGUCGCCAGGAUAGACGGGCAGCUUAUCUCCGCAUGUCUCUCAAUCUCUGGCUACAUCAUUCUCCUGGCGGGAAUUGUAUACAGUGCCACUGGUUCGCCUGGAUUUUUGAGAUUUCUAACACUUCUUCAGUCUGGGCCAGAUCGUCAGAAACCGCCUUACUUGACUGUCCUUCAAGCUGGAAGGAGGGGCAAACACAUUUUUCCAAGAUGGAAGGAAGCAAAGAUGGAAGAGCUAAGUCAUAGAAAAUCAGGAACUCGAAAGGUAUAAGCACCAAGCAAGCUGAAAGACGGUCAGGAUAUAAUGAUAUAAUUCCUUCUUCUUAG